GGGACACGGGUUUGUCUCUCUGUGGAAAGUGCUGACAGGAAAGUGAAGGCAGGCACCUUCGCGCCGGCACCAUCCCCUUGCUGUUGCGGGGCGAAAGGAACGAGAAGUACAAAUAUAAUGUCAGGUGGCUGACAAUUUGCCUAUCAAAAUGUCAAAAAGGCCAUCUUAUGCCCCACCUCCUACCCCAGCUCCUGCAACCCAAAUGCCCAGCACACCAGGGUUUGUGGGAUACAAUCCAUACAGCCAUCUGGCCUACAACAACUACAGGCUGGGAGGGAACCCGGGCACCAACAGCCGGGUCACGGCUUCAUCUGGUAUUACCAUUCCAAAGCCCCCCAAACCCCCAGACAAGCCCCUGAUGCCAUACAUGAGGUACAGCCGGAAGGUCUGGGACCAAGUGAAGGCGUCCAAUCCUGAUUUGAAGUUAUGGGAAAUUGGCAAGAUUAUUGGAGGAAUGUGGCGAGAUCUCACUGAUGAAGAGAAGCAAGAGUAUUUGAAUGAAUAUGAAGCUGAAAAGAUAGAGUACAAUGAGUCCAUGAAGGCCUACCAUAACUCUCCUGCAUACCUUGCCUACAUCAACGCAAAAAGUCGUGCUGAGGCUGCUCUGGAAGAAGAGAGCCGACAGAGGCAGUCGCGCAUGGAGAAGGGUGAACCUUACAUGAGCAUACAGCCAGCAGAAGAUCCAGAUGAUUAUGACGAUGGCUUUUCCAUGAAGCACACGGCCACGGCCCGUUUCCAGAGAAACCACCGGCUCAUCAGCGAGAUCCUGAGCGAGAGCGUGGUGCCCGAUGUCCGCUCCGUCGUCACAACAGCUCGCAUGCAGGUUCUGAAGCGCCAGGUUCAGUCCUUAAUGGUUCAUCAGCGUAAACUAGAAGCUGAGCUGCUGCAGAUUGAAGAGCGUCACCAGGAAAAGAAGAGGAAGUUUUUGGAAAGCACAGAAUCCUUCAACAAUGAGCUUAAAAGGUUAUGCAGCUUGAAGGUGGAAGUGGAUAUGGAAAAAAUUGCAGCUGAAAUUGCUCAAGCUGAGGAACAGGCUCGCAAGAGGCAGGAGGAAAGGGAAAAAGAAGCUGCUGAGCAAGCUGAGCGCAGUCAAAAUACUGCAGCAGCUGAGGAAGAACAGGCAGCUAACAAGAUAGAGGAGAAGAAAGAAGAGGAGAGUGCACCAAUGGAGACAGAAGAGGCUCAGCCAGAAGAGAGUGCAGAAAACCAGCAGAAUGGUGAAGAAGGAACAUCUACCCCAGAUGAUAAGGAGAGUGGCCAAGAAGGGGUUGACAGCACCGCGGAGGAGGGAACCAGUGAUAGCAACACUGGCUCAGAGAGCAACAGCGCGACAGUUGAAGAGCCUCCUGCAGACCCCAUCACUGAGGAUGCUGAGAAGAAGGAGUAAACGUUGGCUCGUUUCACGUGUCUCUUUGGAACGAAAUUCUGUUUUGAUUUCAAACUGUGUUGCGCGGCUUUUGUAUCUUCCCUGCCUGCAUCUCUUCUCUCCAGAGGCUGCUGGGGUUUAAUAACAGUGUCAGUGGUCAGCACAGCAGCUUCAGGGGGCCUUUAGAGGCAAAAGCUACUUUAAAAAAGACAGAAAAUGAAACCUUGUGUUGUCUAAACAGCUGUUAGAGUUUAGAGAGGUACUGCCUGUUCCUUGGGGGUUCUCCCCUAAAAGAUAGUGUUGGGUUUGGGGUUUUUGUUAGAGACUUCUUCCUUUCUUUUACUUCAUGGCCACAGUGAAAAUGUUGUCGUGCUGAAAGGCCUUUGUUUGUUUGUGGUUGUGCAGAGGUGCAGCCCUGCUCUGCUGGGGCACCCCAGCCUGCCCUUCCCAGGGGACCUGCUCAGCCCCACAUGUGAGGCUGAGAUGGGGUGAGUGGUUCUUUGCAGAAAUGCACUGAGGCACCCUAAAGUCAAUGUUUAACAAAGGCACGAUGCCUCUACUGGGUGUAACAGAGCAUUUCCUUCAGCUAACAGAUCCAACCACCUCCUCAGCAGCCUCACACACUCACACCACUCCUGCAGUCCCUGCCAGCACGGCCAUCCACCGCAGCGGCACAGGUCUGCCCUUGUCCAGAAAGCUUUCAGCUGGUGUGUGUGCUGCCCCAGGACAAGGCUGAGAGGCUUCAUCCUGGGAGAGGGUUGGUGUAACCUUAGCCUUCCCUGUUAGCUGUUCCACAGUGAUAGAAACUUGCUGGUGUUUUGACACAUGUUUCAGGACAUCCAUCUCCAAACAACUCAGCAUAGCCCUGAAGUCAGUCACACAUCUUUAGGGCUGGGUUUUUUUUCUGUGGUUCAGGAUUCUUUCAAUAACAAUCUGUUUUUCUUUACCAUUUAAGUCCUUUCUUUGCUAUGACGAUAUUACUGGUGUGACGUCAGCCAGACAGGGUGAAGUACAGAGCAGGGGAGCAUCUGUGACAUCAAUGUUUCCUGAGCAGACGGUUGCUAAUAUGGCGCAAAUGGUAAAGAGGAGUCAUUCGGCUUGCCAUGAGCUUUGAAAACCUCUGGGAAUUCUACAAAUGUACUGAAAAUGCCCCAUUUUACCCUAAAUAUGCAGGUGCCCUAAACCACACUUCCAACAAAAGAGACAAGCUGUUCCAUGACAUUACAACUCUUGACAUAUGAAUAUGCUUCAAUAAACCAGCGUGGGUAUAUGAAAUAGUGGGGAUAGCAGAGAGUAAUGGGGUUUUAAGUCCUUUUGGUCUUUUGUUGUUGUUGUUGUUGUUUUAAAUGGGCUAAAAAGAAUAAAAUCCAACACAUUUGGUUUUUUAAA